GGCCGGCGAGUGGCCACAGUUAUCGCAGCCGAGCUUUGGCAAUGUGCAGCAACCUGGGCUACUACGCCAGGACGUGAACGAGGGACGGGGAAUGCAACGGGCCAAGCCAGUUUCACUGCAAGCCAGAGGGUGCAGCCUCGACAGAGGAGAAGUGAACGGAACCCAGGGUGGCGCGAGCCGAUUUAGGCGGGCGCUCCCCCACCGUCCUCCAGGAUGGGGCCAGAAGCUGGACCGAGGAGCGCACUGAAACGUGAGGAAACGCCAAAAAGCGCUAGGAACGUCAACUGCUUCUUACCGAGAACUGAGAACCAGAAGCCGCGGAGACCGACGCUGCCGCCAUCUUUCUGCCUGCCCAGGGGGACCUCCGCAGCUCCGGGGCGGUCGGGCUUCUCGUGCUGUUAAUUCAAGACUCGAGAGCCGCCCACCAGGGGCGACCCUAAGCCCAACCCCUGAUGGAAAGGGCAGGGGUGCUGGUGCCGGGUUUAGAACCCCCUGCCACACUCUCCCUCAGGGACGCCCACGCUCACUGAGCACACUGAAAGAACCACACGUCCUAACGGACGCCUUCAAUAGCCAAUCAAAAAUAGCAGACGUCUUCCAGUAGUGGGAGAGAACCCGCCUCUUCCCCCGGUGACGUCACAAGGUAGCGCGCAGCUGAGCCUGCUAAGGGUCGGCGAGGCUGCGGGCUACCAGUCGGCUCCGAGGGGAUUCUACGAAGGGGCGGGGCUUCUCGAGGAGGAGCCGGAGGCGCGGGGUAGUGUUGUCGCCAGUGGCAACUGAGUGGAAGAACUGAAAUAGAAUAAAAGCGAAUGCGAAGUUCAGACACUCCAUCAGUUCACUCGGACUAAAUGCUGGAGAGAGCGUGAGUUUGACUUGGGGACGCCUCUCCAGGUGAAAUACUUACCUUUUGGCCAAUAACAAAUACGAUUAGGAGGGGCUUAAUGAUUUGGUCCAAUAGAAGUCAAGGGAAGAAAAGUAGCGGCAGAGAGCGAACCUUUCGCGAACAUUUGCCCAAUUCGAUUGGGGCACUCUCACCAAACCUGGGACUGGCUGCUAGAACUAGCCGCGACCGGGACCUUUGGGCGGGGCGGGUUUAAAGUGGCUUUCGCGCGCUGAGAGCAUCGGAUUGUCAUUGGCCGGUGACAUCCUCCUUUUGUGGGCGCUCCCUGCGUAGCCGGAGUUUGGGGUUGGGCGGAGUGACCGAGUGACGCGAUAGCCUCCGCAGCCAAUCAGGGGUGGGGAAGGGAGGCCGAGAAGGAAGCGGAUCCGCGGCCGCGCAGCUAAACUGCCACCAACUAUCCGCUUCGUCUCCCUCCGCCACUAUCGGGGCCUAAGCGGGAGCGGCUGGGACGGCGUCACUGGGUGGACUGGGGCGGAAGUGGAGGCGGAGGGAGACGGCGGCGUCGUCCGCGGGGCCUUGGGCUCUGGCGGCGAGGCCCUGGUGGGCGCGAGGCAGGGGGAGGGGGAGGAGGAGGAGCCCGCGGCCCGGGCGGCGGCGGCUCUCGAGUUCCCUGUAGGGCUCCGCCUCGGAGCGGGCGGCGGCGGAGGAGGAGACUGAGGAGCAGGAUGGCGGCCUCGGCCCUGUAUGCCUGCACCAAGUGUACUCAGCGCUAUCCCUUCGAGGAGCUCUCCCAGGGCCAGCAGCUUUGCAAGGAACCCGAAGCCGCAAAGCUGAUGGCAUCCUUCUUCCCUGUCCAGGAAAGCGAAGCGACUGGUUUGGGAACAGAAUGCUCUAUGAUUUGGAGCUCCUCCCAUCCCAUUAAAGCCGGGAUGCUGUCUGAAUGUCGGAUUGCGCAUCCUAUUGUAAAAUGUACUUACUGCAGAUCAGAAUUUCAACAAGAGAGCAAAACUAACACAAUUUGUAAGAAGUGUGCUCAAAAUGUGAAGCAAUUUGGGACACCCAAGCCUUGUCAGUACUGUAACAUAAUUGCAGCAUUUAUUGGUACCAAGUGUCAGCGUUGUACAAAUUCGGAAAAAAAAUAUGGACCACCUCAGACCUGUGAACAGUGCAAACAACAGUGUGCUUUUGAUCGGAAGGAAGAAGGAAGAAGAAAGGUUGAUGGAAAGUUAUUAUGCUGGCUCUGUACUUUAUCAUAUAAGAGAGUUUUACAGAAGACAAAAGAACAAAGGAAGAGCCUGGGAUCUUCACAUUCAAAUUCAUCUUCAUCUCUAACUGAGAAAGACCAACAUCAUGCAAAACAUCAUCACCAUCAUCAUCACCACCACCAUCGUCACAGUAGUAGCCAUCACAAAAUCAGCAAUCUAAGUCCAGAACAAGAGCAGGGACUGUGGAAACAGAGCCAUAAAUCCUCUGCAGCAAUUCAGAAUGAAACUCCAAAGAAAAAACCCAAAUUGGAAUCUAAGCCAUCUAACGGAGAUAGUAGCUCUAUAAAUCAGUCAGCAGAUAGUGGGGGAACAGACAAUUUUGUCCUUAUAAGUCAACUGAAAGAAGAAGUGAUGUCACUUAAGCGUCUCUUACAGCAAAGAGACCAGACCAUUUUAGAAAAAGAUAAAAAGUUAACUGAACUCAAGGCAGACUUUCAAUACCAAGAGUCAAAUUUGAGAACAAAGAUGAACAGUAUGGAAAAAGCUCACAAAGAAACUGUGGAACAACUUCAGGCCAAAAACAGAGAACUACUCAAACAGGUUGCAGCAUUGUCAAAGGGUAAAAAGUUUGACAAAAGUGGAAGCAUACUAACAUCUCCUUGAGAAAGCAAUUAUUUGUUUAGUGUUUCUGCUUACAGUGUAAAUUUGUGGGUAGGGGAGAAUUCUGUGGAGCCCUAAAAUUCUGUGUAGUGGAAAAAUAUUUUUGCACACCAAAUAAAUUGGCGUGUUUCCUAUUCACUUUUGUAACUGAUAUACAGCAUUUUUUAAGUUGUAAAACAUUCAAAUAAAACUUCAACUGGUUUGAAGUAACUUUUUAAUUAUUUGAUAUCCAGGAACUUUUUUGCCAGCAAUAGUAUUAAACAGUUGUAAAGGAGUGCAUGAGUAGUACUCUUUAUAAAACUCAACAUGCAAUAAUAGAGUAGGUAUGGUUUUAAGAAGUCAAAGCAGCAGGGUUUUUUUGUGUUGUUUUUUUUUUUCACUAUACUACUUUGAGAUAAACAGUUUUCAAUUUAGAAAUACAAAAACUUUUAAACAAGAAAAGUGGGUAAACACUGGUUUUUUGAGAAUUGUGUUUUUACUUUGCAUCAACAUAAAUUUAGGAAAGAAUCAUGGUGCUUCUAUUAAAUGAACUUAAGAGUAUAUGUAAAUAUGUUUUUAAAAGUUACAUCAUUAACAUUAGUAACCUAGCAUUUUCAUUAUUGGUAUAGGAAUUAAUGUUUAUUGUACAGUAUCCAAGGUAAAAUGUGUUUGUUUUGUAAAAACUACUGUAGAUUUUUACUUACAAGUGCCUUUUUGCCAGCUAAUGUUUUUAUUUAUAGGAAUGCUGAUCUUUUGUACAUACAGUUUGUUUUAAAAUCAUGUUUAAUAAAUGUUUGUAUAUAAAUGAAUAUGUACAGAACCCUAUUUCAAAAGGAAAUCAAAGUUGCUAGUAAAAUGUUUGAGGUUGCAUUAAGAACUAACUCAAAAUGCAUAUAGACUUUAGAAGAUUUUGUGGUUUAUUUCUGUGUGAUAAGGGAAGCUGUUGGUCAUUGAAUUCAUUUAAUUAUGUCAAAAUACUUCCCCAAAGAUUUAACUUUAAGUCACUUCCAAUAGAGUAUUUUUAUUUUUUAUGUCAUAUGGCUUCAUAUUCUUAUUUCAUAAGUUACAUGUUUUGCUUUUUUUAUAAAAAUUCUUUAAAAUUUAUAAUGUUUCUAUAAUGGUUGAUAUAUCUGCUUUCCCUAUAAUGUGUGGUUAUCUAAGUUAAUAUUUAUGUAUACAUACUUAAUUUGUAAAUUUAAGGCAAAUCUGGAAAAAAGUAACUUUUUAAUCCAGUCUGUGAUUAUCUUUGAAUAAAUUGGAAUCUAUAAGAUUCAGGCACUGUUUAUAAGUAAAUUGUCUCAAAGUCUUUAAAAUUGUCUAUAACAGGUUAAGGUAGGGUGGAAUAGGUUAUUUGAAGUUAAUGACUAAUUAUAUUCUGAUCCAGUGGUUUUCAGCAUGUAAUGGAAUUGAUCUACGCAAUAUUGGUUCAGAUUUUAGUGCAAUUUUAAAGCCUCAGACAUUGCUAGAUACACUGUGUAAAGUAAAAGAGUUUCUUCUCUUAGGAGAUUUUGGGCAGAGAUAAUUUGUUUCAAGUAAAACAGUUAUUAAAUGUAGCAGUUUUGAAUGUUUUAUUUUGAGACAAGCAUUGAUUAUGUCAUAUCAAAGAUUGGCUUUCUUAAGAACACAUGAUUAUAACAAUUCGUGUGUUUCUGUAGACUAUUCCUAUAGUUCAUUAUAAAGUGAUACCAAAUAAUUCUUUUUCCAAUUUGGAAGCAUAAUAUAGGUUAUUUUCAAGUGAUAGUAAAAGAUUCAGUCAGAAUCUUGGAAAAAUUAGACCAGUUUAUUUUGGAGAUCCUCAUGUAAUAAAUUUACUCUCAACCAUGAUAGAUAAUGCCUUAACAUGGAUUUUAAUGUUUGCAGGAUUUGCUAAAUUCAUAAGGUACUUGUUACCUUUCUUUAAAAUUUAUAAUGUGUUAUAUUCUUAUUUUAUAGCCAUUUGUCAAUCCACAGUGGUCAUUAUGGUUUUACUGUGAAUAGUUCUUAUACCUUGUUGAAGAUGCUACAAAAGAAAGUAGCCCUUCCCUUUAGCUAACAUUAAAAUUGAAAAUUAUUUAAUUUUAAUGUUAGCUAACGUAAACAGUCUAAAUAAUUAAGUUUUGUAAAUUCCAAGGCUAAAACCUUUUAGUGGCUUCACAGUAUUUAGUCGUAAUUAAAUACCCCCUCUUUGCUUCAUGAUCUUAUUUUAUAACUUAAAUUUUUUGCAAUUGUGUAAACUAAUAAUUGAGUCCCAGUCCUGGAUCUGUAGUGUAUUGACAUAAUGAGCUGGUAUUCUUUAAAUGUGGAUCUGUAAGGAGAUACUAUGGUGUGCUGUAUUGUGCUCUUAGCCUGUUUUCCACUAUUAAUUAGCAUUUACCAGUGAGGGUCAUUUUGGCUCCAAGUUAUUUAUGUAUUAAUAGCCUGUGAAUAUUGCAGUCCUUUUUAGAUUAUAUUGGUCUAAAUAUGCAUUCUGCAGUGAACCUGUUAAGCUGUUCACAUGUAUAGACUAUUGAAAUACUGUAGUUGUACAAUUUGACUGUUGACAUUUUGUACUUUUUUCUAAAUCCAAUAUUUCACAAUAAAAACUUGUCAAAGGC